CUGGUUUUUGACGUCUAUUAGCAUGUUCACUGUCAUGUCAUUAGACUAUUGGCAUUCUCUCUCCUCUCUGCCUGCCAGUCACUAGUCCACUCUGCAGUAGAACGAGGCACGACAACAAAUUAACCAGUGAACAGCCAUGCUGCUACAUAGCCUCCCUCUCACCAUCCUCCUCCUCUCCACCAUCCCUGUCACUCACCAGUGGGGGGUAGUGGGUGAUGAGUCUGGAAGGUCUGUGGCUGCUGCAGGGCCAGUGGUCCAGGGCAAGCCCUUUACCAUGGUCUGGAACAUGCCCACAGCGAGCUGCCAGGAACACUAUGGCAUCCACCUGGACCUGGGGGCCUUCGACAUCGUGGAGAACCACCACCAGCGCUUCCAGGGCCAGAACAUGAGCAUCUUCUACCACAAUCAGCUAGGGCUCUACCCUUACAUCACCCAGGAGGGUCUGCAGGUUAAUGGAGGUGUUCCCCAGAGGGGAGACCUGGAGGCCCACCUGGCCCUGGCCCAGACCCAGAUCUCAGCCCUGCUCAGGACAGGGUUCAGCGGCCUGGCCGUCAUCGACUGGGAGGAGUGGCGCCCCUUGUGGGUGAGAGACUUCGGCAUUAAGCUGGAGUACCGCCGGCUGUCUAAAAAACUAGUGAGAGGGGAGCAUCCAGAGCUAACCAAACAGGAAGUGAACUCCCUGGCCCGUAAGGAGUUUGAGAGGGGUGCCAGGGAGUUCAUGUCUGAGACGCUGCAGUUAGGAGUGUGUCUGCGACCGAGGGGACUCUGGGGCUUCUACAGCUUCCCUGAAUGCUUCAACUACCACAGGAAGCAGAAAGGCCACAGCUACACAGGUCAAUGCCACUCCAAGACCAGGCAGAAGAAUGACCAGCUAGCAUGGCUGUGGCGCCAGUCCACUGCCCUCUACCCUAGUAUCUACCUACCCAAACGUCUGGCAGGGUCCUCUGAUGCUACUCUCCUGGUCAGACAUAGGCUUCUGGAGGCCCUGAGGGUGGCGAAUCAGUACCCCACUAGCACCCAUGCAACUCCUGUACUGCCCUAUGCCAGAGUGGCAUUCGCCCACACCCUCCACUUCCUCAACAAGACGGAUCUGGAGCACACACUGGGAGAGAGUGCAGCGCUGGGGAUGGCAGGAGUGGUGCUGUGGGGGGAGCAGGCGUUCGCUAAGUCAAAGCGUCAGUGUGAGAUACUGAGGGACUACAUUCAUUCUGAACUGGGAGUGUACAUCAGCACCCUGAAGAGAGGGGUGCAGCGUUGCAGCGAGGAGCGAUGCCAUGGCAACGGUCGCUGUGCCAGAAGGGACCCCUACUCUGACCACAUGAUCCCACUCUCUGACUCCUUCUCCAACUUCCUCCCUGACCCCUCUCAUGAUCUCAGCCACCUCGGCACUAACUUCCUGUGCCAGUGCUAUCAGGGCUGGGCGGGUGAGAAGUGUCAGGAAAGGAUAGCUUCAAUCACUAACACUUAGUGUCAGGAAAAUAUAUAGUCUCUAUCACCAAUAUAUAAUAUCACCUCUUUUGUUUAUUUGGUUGAUGCGCAGCAUACAGUAGCAUCAUUGCAAUUCCACCAAGUGUAUCGAAGUGAAAACUGUGGCAGUUGCUAAGGCACUUUCUCAGCGUAUUCAUUCUAUACAAUUCAGUUCCACUUGUGACAUGUUUAAGUUGUGAUAGUCAGAACAAAUUUGCAAUGUGUUUUGUCAAUAACAAAAUGGGUGUGACAUUUCAUCAUACAUUGCCUGUCUCAUGCGUACAUGUAAAAGAGGACCGCUUCUAAAAGUUACAGCUGUAACCUGUAUGUACAGUAUGUUUAAGUCACAGAUCACAUGGACGUCUCGAACCUGAAUCAUUUCUGUCCUCAUGCAGUUGUUCAAAUACAUUAAUUGUCAGUUGAAGAGUGUGGUCCUUUAAGCUGUGAUGUCACUAAAGAUGCUAUAAAGUGUUCAGUACCCUGCAAUCUUACUGAAUGAGUGUCUUUCUUUCCCCUAUUUGUCUUGCAAAUCAAACAACUCAUAAAUAUACAGUACAAUAUAUGGAAACAUUCUCUGUGGGUUCCAACUCCCGGGCU